AUGACGGUCGGACCGAAAACGGACGAAAUUACGGUGGUAGUUCACAUUGUUCAUACUGUGACAGUCGCGGAGGCCAUAUUGCGUGAUUUGAACGUUGAGGGGGAGGAGAGAUUAUAUAUAUUUCAGGUAUUUAAGGAGACCGUAAAUUUGGAAGAGAUAUAUCCUGAGCUAGUUGAAGAAGCAGAACUGAUAUUGGAGAAGUGCUGUGGACACCCACUGGCAAUAGCCACUGUAGGUAACUUCUUGGCAAGCCAGUCAAAAACGGUGGAGGAGUGGAGGAAACUUAAUGAGCAUAUCAGUGCUGAGCGUGAGGCUAAUACAUAUAAUCCCAUAUUAGCAGUCAUUAUCAAAUGCUACGAUGGUUUACCCUAUCACCUAAAAUCAUGUCUAUUAUACAUGUCCAUCUUCCGUGAAGACCAAAAGGUUAGCCGUAGACGUUUAGUGCGGCGGUGGAGUGCGGAGGGUUACUUGAAGGUGGUGCAAGUCAAAUCUAGGGAGGCAACGACGGAGAACUAUUUCAUGGAACUCAUUAGCAGGAAUAUGCUCUUACCGUCUCAAUUCUCAGUUCGCAGCACAACAAGAAUCGACUCGUGCCAGGUCCAUGAUAUCAUCCGUGGAAUCGCCAUCUCGAAGUCAAAGGAAGAAAAUCUUGUUUUCACACUGGAUGAAGGCUCUGGCCUAAACAGAGUGGACAGAGUUUGCCACCUUGCUAUAAGUAGCAAGUGGGAGGGAGACCAGGGUGAAUUCGAGACAAUAGUCGAUAUAUUCCGUAUACGAUCAUUAACAGUAUUUGGAAAGUGGAGGCCAUUUUUCAUUUCUCAGAAGAUGAGGUUGUUGCAAGUACUGGAGUUGGAAGACACAACAGGUCUAGUUGAUCGUGACCUUGAGCAAAUUGGGAAUUUUCUUCACCUAAGAUACCUUUCCCUAAGAGGGUGCCUUAAUAUUUAUCACCUUCCUAAUUCGUUGGGCAACCUAAGGCUACUCCAGACAUUAGAUAUUGCAGGUACAUCGAUAUUCAUGCUACCAAGGAGCAUUGUCAAGCUUAUUCAGCUGCAGCAUAUUCUUGCGGGUGCCAUAAAAAUUCAAGAUGGCAACGACGAUGUUGAGACAUCUUUAGAAGGUGCGCCGAUGCUAAUGAGGAACAGGCUAUGUGUUUCGACCUUCUCUUCAGUGGCUUUAUGUGUGGUACGCUGUGCACCUCAUAAUGCGUGUUGUUGCUCGCAUUUACCUGCGUCAGCAAUGCACCAAGGUGUACGUGGUGUUGCACUUCCCAGAGGAAUCUGUAAACUGAAAGCUCUACACACCCUAGGUACUGUGAACAUGGCAUGGCGGAAGGCCGCUCUAGAAGAGAUAAGAAGACUCCUCUGGCUCCGCAAGUUAAGGGUAACUGGCAUCAACAAGAGAAACAGCCAAGAGUUGUGUUCUACAAUUGCUGAUCUCAUGUGCCUGGAAUCGCUGUUAAUAGAGUCGGAGGGCAAGCCUGGCUUAUCUGGCUGCUUGGAUGAACUGAGGUCGCCUCCGGAAGACCUUCAGAGCCUCAAGUUGUAUGGCAACAUGGUCACUUUGACACGAUGGAUGUAUCGGCUCCAAAAUCUCGUGAAGCUAAAGCUACGGAGCUCAAGGAUAUUGGAAUGUGAUACUGCGAUACAAGCCCUUGGGGAUUUGCCAAACCUGGUCAUACUACGCCUGUGGAAGGAGUCUUUCGAUGGAGAUGAGAUUCGUGUCAGUUUUCCUCGGUACAGAUUCCGGAGCCUGGUGGUACUGGAGUUGGAUCGCGCUGGUGACCUCAAAACUGUGGAGUUUGAACCAGAAGCAACACCUAAGCUAGAGCUGCUGCAGUUCGGUGGUUCGCCUAAAGCAGCCAAGGUUGGGUUGUUUUCUGGACUACAACAUCUUCAGAGAUUCAAGGAAUUUAAGCUCGUCGGUGCCUACGAGCCCGCCUUCGUGGCAGACUUGCAGGAGCAGCUUGGUAUGAAUCAAAAUCUCCCAGUUUUGAAGUCCUACUGA